AUGGCGGACAAAAUUCCAGAGCCGACCGUCGACCAAGCCGUCAAGGACCAAGCCGUCAAGGACCAAGCCGUCAAGGACCAAGCCGUCAAGGACCAAGCCGUCAAGGACCAAGCCGUCAAGGACCAAGCCGUCGCAGACCAACAAGCUGUGCGCGAUAAGAUGUCUCUACGCGAAAUAUUCGAUUUGAUGAAGGAGGAUCCAGAGGGAAAUACCCUUAAUGCAUUAGGCUACGAUGGUGUGCUUCGGAGAUUUGACCCGGAACGGAAUGUUCUUGACGCAGUUGGCCUCAACCCAACCCAGGUCAGAGAAUACUGGGAAGGAUUAACCAUACCGGAUAGAUUUCUCAUCGCCGACGGCCGUAAUGUAUCCCAUUGGGAUAUGUUCCACCCCGCUGCGGAGAGCAUUCCCAAGAAGUUUACAGCGGAGGAUAGAGCUAGAGUUCAGGCACAUAACGAGGAGUUGGAAAGGCGCGGAGUCACCUGCUGUGUUCCGGACAAGUCUGCCGACGAUGAUAAAUCGAAAGCUGAAUAG